GCGGAGCCAAGCCUUUAUUGCGUAUGCCCAGCCUUGCAACGGGCACGACUCCUGCCCCAAACAGAAAACGAAUUGACAUCCCCCCCCACCAGAGUAAAAAGGCUUGGGAUCUGGAUUUCCUCAUCAUUACACACUCCGAAAUACGUUGCUCGCCAACCUUGAAAAGCGGGCAUCAUGGGGGCCCAACCCCAGGCCACCCAGACGACGCCCGCGCGCACGGCGCUGCAACACUUCUCGACACCCUUCUUCCUCAUACCGCAGGGGACCGGCAUCAUCGCCGUCAUCCUCCACUCGACUGAGUACCAAUUCACCGGCCUUCAGACCAUCGCCGUCAUCUUUUGGAUGAUCAACCUUGUCACGCUCCUGCUCUUCAGCCUCAUCCUCUUCUUGCGCAUCGUCCUCGAACCCAAAGCCUUCUUCCGCGGCGUCGGCACCGAUCCCUCGCAGGCAUCAUGCCUCGCCAGCAUCAGCGUCUCCUUCAGCGUCUCGGUCAUGAUGGUCUCGCUCGUGGUCGUGCCGAGUUGGGGCGGUAGGAGCUGGGCGAAUGCCGUCUACGCGCUGUGGUGGGUGGCCGCGGGCCUGGCAAUAGCAUGCUGCGUCGGCGUCCCGCUCCUCUUCCUCAAGGCUAUACGGGCGCAGGGCGGCUUUGUGGAGAGCAUGACGCCGACGACGCAGCUGCCCAUGAUUGCCGCGCUGACGGCGGCGGCGGCGGCGGGCACCAUAGCGAGCUCGGCUGAUUUGGAGCGCGGCCAGCUUGUUCCCAUGCUCAUCGUGGGGUUCCUCCUCGUCGGCCUGGCGCUGCCGCUCGCCGUCAUGCUGGACGUCCUGUUCCUGAUACGCAUGCUCCAGCCGCACGAGGGCAGCACGGGCGGACCGCUGCCAGCCCCACUCAUCUACACGGACAUGGUGCUCUGUGGUCCAUGGGGUCAGGCCAGCUAUGCCCUGCAAUCGAUCGGCCAAGCCAUGACCAAGUUGAAGCCCGUCUCGGGCCCCUACCCGUCACCAGAAUCCGCCGUCUUUGUGUCGCAGCAGGCUGUCGCGCCCAUUGGGUAUGCGAGCAUGUUGGGUGGCAUCGUCGCCUGGGGCCAGGCCACGUUCUGGUGGACGUUUGCCGUCUUCUGCAUCGUGCGCGUGAUGCUCAAGGUGAUCAGGAAGCGUGAGCCGUUUCCUUUUGCUAUUCCGUCCUGGUCAAUUGUGUUCCCAUGGGGUGUAUACACCAACGCCACUGUCCAGCUGGGCAAGCUCCUCGACUCGCCGGUGUGCAGGGUAUGGUCUACGAUUCUGGUCAUCGUUCUGGUCAUCCUGUGGCUCACCUGCUCCGCGUUGACGCUGCGUGGCGUGUUUCGAGGGACAUUGCUGGGGCUGCGCAAGGGCUGGAAAGUGCCGCCGGCUCAGAAUGGAGCAGCUUGAUGUUAGAUAUAGACAGCCUCCAUCGAAUGUCCUCCGCAAUCAUCCAAACAUGUCCACGAGCUUCCUUGCCGGCCAGGCAUGCUGUGCGCGGUACCUCUCGACCACCUUUUUGAUAGCCUCCCGCUCAUAGUGAUCCGUGAAAAAGUCGCCAAACAUCUCGAGGACGAACGCUGCGUUCAGGAUGGCGGGCGGCGACCCGGGAUGGCAGAGCGCAAUGCCACAGAGCUGGAUCAUGAUGCCGCGCACGUCGCUC